GCAACUACUCGAGAGUCAAGAGGCAAAAAAGCAAAGCAUAGCCGCAAGGGGACGUCGAUGGCAAUGGCGAAGGGCAAUCAACAGCAAGAGAAACGACACCGUUCCAUCUUCGACCUUCCUACAACCUUCUUGUACUCCUGUCGUCUCCUUCCUUCUUCUUCUUCUUCGUCGUAUUCUGCAAAUCUUUUUUCAGAAACGAAGGCUGCGUCUCCAAGCUCAACUCUCGAAACCCUAGACGAGUCCAAGAAGUUGGAGCACAGUGCUAAUACUUCUCUGUCCAGAUGGUCCUGCAACACCUGCAAGUCCGAGUUCGACUCCCUCCAAGACCAACGCUCCCAUUUCAAAUCCGAUGUUCAUCGGUUCAAUGUAAAGUUGAGCAUCGCCGGAAAGGGUAUUGUGAAAGAGGAAGACUUUGAUGAGCUAACUGCAGAUACUUUGUUCAAAGACUAUGAUAUAUCGAGUAUAUCAGGAUCAGAAGAUGAAGUUGACAAGAGAUGUUGGGCCCAGAAUGACAUGCACAAGGGUUCAGAUGACAAUGUUAAACGAAAGCUAUUUAUUCAGCUUCAGACAGGGGAGAAAGUUUCACUUUGGAAGUGUUUAGUUUUGGAUGAAUCUGAAAAUAUUUCAUAUGAGAACGACCCUGGUUGUUGCAUGCCAUGUUUGAAAGAGAGUGAUGUGAUUGAGAAGUUGAAAACUGUGAUCCACGAGCCUAGGGAUAAUACCCAUUUGAGGGUUGUGUUGCUUGCUAGUGGUGGGCAUUUUGCUGGCUGUGUCUUUGAUGGUAACUCUGUUGUGGCUCACAGAACAUUCCACAGAUAUGUCGUAAGGGCCAAGGCUGGUAAAAAGCAGUCAUCAAAAGAUGCAGGUGGCAGGGCUGCACAUUCUGCUGGAGCUUCACUUCGCAGAUAUAACGAACUCGCUCUGAAGAAGGAAAUUCAAGAAUUACUUGCUUCUUGGAGGCCUUAUUUUGAGGCUUCCUCCUGCAUCUUCAUUUAUGCUCCUUCAAACAAUCGUCAACUGCUUUUUAAUGGGGAAAAGGCGUAUUUCAGUAACCAGACUGCUGCUCGAAAUGUUCCAUUGACUGUUCGAAGGCCUACAUUCAAGGAAGCCCAGCGUAUAUAUAACCAAUUGACACAAGUUGCCUAUGAUAUGGAUGAGACGGAAUCUCCAGAAAGCAUCAAAGAUGAUUCACUUUUAAGGUUAAGCACUAUUAGCAUCAACAGCCCAGAGUCCAGCAAGGUGGGCACAGAGGACAACUUGGAGAGAAGGGUAGCCACUGAAGCAUGUUCAAGUAACAAAAAAUCUGAUGACAUGCCCAUAUCAAGUGAGAGUGAGCAUGAAUUUACUGGUUCAUCAACACCUUUACAUGAAGCAGCAAAGUCUGGAGAUUGUCAUAAAGUCUUGGAACUCCUAGAGCAGGGUUUGGAUCCUUGCAUUAUAGAUGAAAGGGGGAGGACCCCAUAUAUGCUGACAACUGAGAAGGAAGUCAGGAAUACUUUUAGACGGUUCAUGGCCUCCAACCUGGACAAGUGGGAUUGGCAUGCUGCAAGAGUGCCCAGUGCAUUGACAAAGGAAAUGGAGGAAUCUCAAGCAGCUAAGCAGGCAGAUAAAGAUGCAAAGAGGAAAGCAAGAUCAAAAGAGCUGAAGAAACUGCGGAAAGCAAAAGAAAAGAAGGCUCAGGCUCAGGCUGCCUUAGCCCAGAAUUCCUCAACAGUUUCAGAGAAUCAAGGAGCUAAGCUGGUUUCAGUUCUCAAGGGACAGCCUCAAUCUAGUAGCACCAUAUCCAGAGAGGAGGAACUGAAGAGAGCAGCUACUGCUGAGAGGGAAAAGAGAGCAGCAGCUGCUGAGAGGAGAAUAGCAGCAGCUGCAUCCCUCAAUGCUCAAGGGCCUGGUACAACCAUUGGACCAAGUAGUUCACAACCAAAAAGUGGGAUAGCAUCUGACAUAAACUGCUCCUACUGUUAUGCAUCAUUAGCUGGUAAAAUCCCGUUUCACAGGUAUAAUUACAAAUAUUGCAGCACAACAUGCAUGCAUGUACACAAAGAGAUACUUGAGGAUGGAUAAAAGAAAAAAACACUUCCAAUAUAUGUACACAUUUUUUAUUUUUCAAUUCAUGGAUUUUUCUCUUGGUGUUAAA